CUCGUUAUCACCUGCAAGAUUAUCUGAUCUUUGGUGCCUAGGUAGUCUAGUCACUGUCCUUUACCCUCGGUUAAUUCUCUUGUCUUGUGAUAUCAAAAAGGAGUGCUCUUCUGACCGCUAAAGAGAACAAACCAAACCUGUGUGGGGCAGCAGCUAGUAAUUUGAUUUGCGACUGCUCCCGAAAGAACGGGGGAUAAGAUCACAUCACAAUCCAUCCACAUUGCUGUAUACCGACUGAGUAUUUUUCCCCCGCGGGGUGGGCAGUAUACCCUCUCGAUCUGUCAAGUCGCUGCAUUACCUGGCUAGAGCAAGGCAAGCCAUCUCGGGAACCGUCACGGAGUUUGGAAAAAGGUUAUGCCCCUCUUCGCGUUCGGAUCGAAUGGCUCCGCCCAAUUGGGGCUGGGGCAUGCGGAGGAUGUCUCUGUGCCGACGAGAUGUGUUUUCGAGGACCAUGGUGAAGGUGAAUGUGCAGGAAGUGGGCCGCAGGGAGCCGACGUGGUUCGUAUUGUGGCCGGGGGCAAUCAUACUUUGGUGGCGGAUCGGAGGGGCAGGGUCUUUGCGGCGGGGUGGAAUGGGGAUGGGCGGUGUGGGGUAUCUUCGAAGGAAUAUGGAGGCCAGGGGGAGGGGGAGAUGGUGAUGCGGUUUAGGAGGGUGGUUGUCUAUGAUACGUUCACGGGGGUGGCUGCUACGUGGGAGGGGACGGUCUUGGUCGCUUCUGGCUUAGAGAAGGAGGAGGAGAAGGGGGGACAGGAGAGCAGGGAUCGAGUGCUUGUGUUGGGAUCGGGAUUGAAAGGGGAAUUGGGAUUGGGGAAGGGGUGUCUCCGCGCGAGUGCGGGCGGCGUCGCGAUUCCGGAUUUUCCGCCUCCCGGGGUCAGGGUGCGCGCGGUUGCGAGUGGGAUGGGCCAUACGGUGGUGGUGCUUUCCGAUGGGAGCGUGUGGGGUUGGGGCGCGGCGAGGAAGGGCCAGUUGGGGGAGGCCAAUAUCCCUGACAAGGUGGUCUGGAGUCCCCGGAGGAUUGAGGGGUGGGAGGGGUUGGGGUUCCCGGCGACCGGGGCGGCGUGUGGGCGGGAGUUUACGGUGAUCAUGGGCGAUCCUGCUAGGGGGGAGUUCGCCGUGCUGGGCGCGGUGGAUGAUAAGUGGGGGAUUCGCUCGGGGGUGUCUGCGUCCCAGGUGCAGGAGAUGGCACUACGCGCGGGAGGCUAUCGGGCCAUCGAGGUCAGUUGGCAUGGCGUCUAUGUACAUUUGAACAAUGGGGAGGUGGUGGCCUGGGGCAGGAAUGAUCGCGGACAGAUUCCAUCAUCGACCAGUACCGGGGACUUGGGGCACGGCCAGGUGGUGAGGGAUCUGGCGCCGGGGAGCGAGCAUCUUCUUGCGCGGUUGGAUGAGCGCACGGUCGUGGCCUGUGGUUGGGGCGAGCAUGGGAACUGUGGUCCCGAUACCGAUGCGCAGGGCAAUGUCAAGGGGGAGUGGAAACGGAUUCCCCUGCCAGAUGGCGAGUCCGACAUUGUGGGCGUUGGCGCUGGUUGCGCAACAAGCUGGAUCAUCACCGCCUAAUGUUGACCCCGACGCGGUUGGAGGAACCGUCAAGUGGCUGACAGCUGGCGCGGCGAUGCUUGAUUGCUUAAUCGAACAGACCGAGGCCAUGGAGCUGACGGUGUUAGUUUCCUCGUCAAUUUUUCAAGUGGACAGGGC